GGCGGGGCGGGCAUCGGCCCCCUGCCCAGGCUGACCUGCCCAUUGGUCCCUAGAGACGUGCCGGGAAGGCAAGGGAUGGGAGGGUGGACCGAGGCGGGGACAAGGGUCUGAGGUGCCGGCCUGGCCAGCGGGCCCCGGACAGGUGAGGUGGACACCGGGGCAGGUCCUGGGUAGCCGCAGGUGCUGGGACACCCGGGCCACUGCACGCUCGCGCCCGGGCUGCGCCCAGGAUCUCCAGGUGGAGGCUCCUCCAUGUCUAGCCCUUCCCGAAAUCUGUGCUUCAUGGUCACGGCUGGAUUCUGCCCUACAGAGGGCUAGUUUUGUCCCCUGUCACGCUGUGUUUUCUUCACUCUGUUUCUUAAGCUUAUCUCUGUUAUGUUCUUGCUUUUCCCCGGCUCCCCGGGAGGGCAAGGAAGGUUGUGGUGGGCCUGCAGCCUUUCUCCUCGGUGCUGUCGGGGUUGUUCUUUCUGUGCUCUGCGGUUGGCUCUUGCUCAGUUGCCAGAAUUGACUGGGAAAGCCCAUUUGGGGCUGAGAAGCCAGAAGAAGGCUCCUGCCCCUUCUAUUUUGGUGCCUUUGCUGCUGCCACUUCAGGUCACAUAGCUAGUGAAAACAUAGUUGCUGAUACACAACAAGAUGACCUCCUGGCUGUGAUUCAUGGUGAGUCAAGCCAAACAGGUUUAUGUUCCUCAUGAUAAACUUCUAUAUAAAGUUGUAGACACAACAGAAAUGGCCAUAAAUUAAAUUGUUUUGAUGUUUUGACACAUGGCUAUAGAAUGAGGAAGAAAUGCAUGUAUUCAGUCAACAAAUACUCAUCUCAACUAUGUGUAAGGAAUCAUCUUUUCUUCAUAUUGUUAAUGCAACAAUUUCAGAUGUGAGCAUCUCACAGAAUUGGGAUUUUGGCAUUUCCUUUUUAUUUUUUUUGUUGGGCUGUUUGUUCACUGACCCAAGUCUGUGUUGGGAACAUUGAAUGUGUGGGAGCACUUUCACCAAGUUAAGCCAACAAUGGGCAAUGUGUUUAUAGUAGAUUUCAGAAGAAAUCAAUGCCUAUCAAAAAUUUUACCGACUUUUUCAACUAUGAGUCAAAACAAGAGUGGUUUGUGUUGGAAGGGUGGUAGACAUGUAUACAUUGUAUUCUGACUCACCACUGGCUGUGUCUUUUGGUACAGAGGACAGCAACUUUCAGACUCAGCCAAAUUUUUGUUUCUUUUUGAUACAAAUACUAAAUCUGUGCAUCAUUGUUAUUCUUAAGGGUCAUCUCACUGUAAAAUGUACAGUGAACAAUCAGCAUUUAUUGUUAUUAAUGUUUUCUUUUGAAGAUAAUGCAAUUACACAUUUUUGAUAUAAAUAGUCCUGAUUUGUCCACCCCAGUCAGCGUCUUUACCAUACCUUACAUACUUACUAAUGAUGAUGUAAUAUUUGUUCACAUUUGGAUCAGACAGCACAUGUUUUCCAAGGAAGUUUUAAAAUUCCAUUUCCUUCUUUACUAGUUGGGAGGAUUUUUCACAUGACUUUGCACAUACAAUAGCUAGGUACUGUGAAAUUCAUCCAUAGUAAGUGGGUAUUCAGAGGAGUAUGGACAUCAUUUGUAAAUACCAUGCUUGGCAAUUCUUGUCAAUCAUCGUUGCUGAACCAGUGAGUUUGCCUUACAUUUCAUAUGUCCACAUUUUUCAUAGUUAUUGGUUGUUAUAACAGUUGUCCAAUAAAAAAAAUCACUUACGUAGAAUUGAUGUUAAACCUGUGACAAAUUAUUUAGAAGAAAUUAGGAAUCAUAAAACAUCACAUUCCUGUGUGUCGAAUGUUGGCUUCUCUUUUCUAUUCAGACAAGGUGACUUACAUAAAUUACAUUAAUCACACACUCAGACCAUUCAGUCAAACCUUAGGGGUGUUUAUUUUGCAUGAUUCUCUGGUUUUCCUCCUUUAUUACCACCUUGAUUUGAAGGUGAUUCCACCUUCAAAUUCCACCUUGAUUCCAGGUCAGAUAUGCUAUAUGCCAUAGGAACAGCUACAAAGCUCACAGUUCUCAGAUUCUUAUUUGAAUCGCGUCUGUUCCAUCAUAUGAAGUUACCUGUUAACUUUUGACCUUCUUUUUUAAGUGUGUUCAAGACAAUCAGAUGCAAUAACUUUAGUUCAUUGGGUUGUAAUGUUCCUAAAUGUAGUAUGGCAAGCCUUGAAGCAUAUGGAACUUCAAAGUCUGCAGUAGUGUAGCACAGGUGCCAUCAGGACAACAGCUUCUAGGGCCUUGCAGCAAAGUCAACUGUGGGUCAUUUUCAGACUAUAUCCACUGUAUAAAUAGAGAGAUGUUGAAUUCUUUGGAUAGACUGAGAUGGAAAGAAGGUUGAGAACCACUGAUGAUUCUUGUCUGCUCUCUUUAUUUGAAGAAGGAACCAAAGCCUGCAGUGGCAAAGUAGUUCCCAAAGGUUAAUCUCUUAAGAAGUGAUUUGGCAUAUUUGAGAGUGAAGUUCUCUGUUUCACAUUUCUCCCCCAUGAAAAGAAUAAAGAUAGCCGAAUUAAACUUAAAUAUACUAAGCAUGUGGCUAUCAUUGCUUAAAAUGUAUUUCUGUGCUAGAAUAUACUAAAUGAUUUAGUGUUCUAAUUUAGACAUCCUGUGCCAGUUUUGCAUUUCAGCUCAUAAAUUUACACACCUAUGCCCUAUUUUUAGACACAGUGAAAGAUGUUAUUGUAGUCAUCUAAAUCACUAAAGAGAAAAAGGUUGAACAAAAUCUGAGGAAAGAAACCUAAAGCAUCUGGAAAAAAAAGCUUUUAAGCCAUGCAUCUGUUUUCUAGAAUUAAUUUCUGUUUCUUCUACUAGUCCUUGAUACACUUUGUUUUGGAAUCAGUUUUUAAAUUACAAUUAUUGUAUCACAAUGUUGAAUGUUUUGAAAACCAAAAAACAACAAAAAAAACCCAAAUAAUAAUACUGACAUCAUCAUUGUACUCCCUUUCCAUCUAAAUUCAUUUUAUUUGAUAAAGACUUUUAGGCGAUGACCAUCAUACCAGCAUGGUUAUGCCUCUUUUGUCUGUCUCUUGAAAAGUGAAACAAAAGACUUGUUUUAUAGAUACAGCAGCAUACAUUACUACAGUAGACCCUUGGUAUCUAUAGGUCUGUGGUUCUAAGGAGACCACUGUGGAGGAAAACUCAUACAUGCUAAGGAUGCAUAGAAUUCAGCACUGUACUGUGGAUGUUUGAUUCAUUUUUCCUGUAACACUGUCCAACAUCAUCUAAAGACAUGUCGCCUUUCAACAAAUCUCAGAUUUUCACAUUAUCACUUUAAUUAAACACAUUCACUUUUAAUUUGCUUUUUGGGCACCAUUUGUUUUUUGGAAGCCCUAUUGUAUUUUCUCAAAAUUAAAGGCAAGGAAACACACAGCAGAUCCCACAGUGAUUUAAACAUGACUAUAAGGGGCUGACUGAGCUUCUCUGCAUCAAAUAACUAUAUAAUAUGUGCAGACAUUUGGAAUUUUUGUUUUUUAAAUUUCUUUUAUUUAUUUAUUUAUUUUUGAUCAUGCUUGCAAAUAAGGUGGGCUUACUGUAUUCCGUAGUGUAUAGUACUAUCUCACAAGCAUUCCAUUUAGGAGUAGGUGUUCAGCUCACUGGGAGAGCACUUGUCUAGCAUGUACAACAAGGCCCUGGAUUUGAUCCUCCAUAUCACAAACUAAAAUAAAGUAGAUUGCAUAUGAUUCCAGAAAUGGAAUAUUUGGGGGUUUCUUUGUAAUCAAUUUAAUCUAAAGUAUAUGAACAUAGAUUGAAAUACAACUUUGCAAAUGUUUAGAGCUGCUGAAUUUUUGAUUCAUAGAAUCAUAGAACUGUCUAUGUCAGUCUAGUAAACAGGAUGCUUAAAAAACCUAUCCCUCUGUGGAUGGCUUAUCAACUGGGGGAAGAAGAUUCAUUUGUUCUGUGGCUUACUAACUUCAGUCUUCUUAUUCAUACAACAUUGCUGCUUAUAACAACAACCAGCAUGUAUCUAAUGGCUACUCCGUGCAUGACACUAUUCUAAGUUAUUGACGUAUAUUAAUUGGUUUAAAUCUUUGUAAGGUCCAAGAGGUAGAAACAAUAUGAUUCCCAUUUUACAGAUGAUGAGAUGAAGGUACAGAUAUAUUAAGGAGUUUACUCAGGAUCAUAUAACUAAAUUGUGGCAACACUAGGAUUCCAAACCAGACAGUUGGCUUCAUAGACUCAUAUCUUGUAUUUAUUGUCUUUAAACUGAAAUUUAGAGUCAAAUGAGUUCAUUAUUGUGAGUAUUUUGCAAACUGGAAUAUUCAGUACAGAUGUAAAGUAGUGUUAUAAUUAAGACAUUGGCACAUUUAAUCAUUGUCACUGAUGCAUUGCUCAGUGUGUUGAUUAUGCGUUGUCACCUCUACUGCAAAGAAAUGAUAACGGAUCGUUUAACAUUUUAAGUGUGUAGUGUAACCUCACUCAUCUUUGUGUGCCACUAAAACUUUCUCCUCCAAGAGUAUCCUUUUAGAAGAGAAAGUUUUAGAAAAAUUGGUUGUAGUUCAUGAAUGUUCUGUCAAAAGCAUCAUUUCAUUUAGGAUAAUUGUUUUCAAAUUGAUAUAAUUGUUUGGUUCCCAUUGUGGCUUUGAAUAGUAAACUAGUCAGAUUGCAAGAUUGAAUUCAAACUCUAGUUCUUUCAGAAAAGGAAAAAAAGAGGAGGAACACAGUAUUUAUGCUUUUCGUUAGAUAAAUGACUUGCCUUAAGAUGAGAGGAAAAAAAUGUUCUUUCUCUAAUAAGCUACAAUGUGAAUUUUUCAGCUUUUCAGUCUUUAUAAUUAAGCUGUAUUUCUUUGGCCCCCAUAUUUACUUUUUUUCUUUAAUACAAUAAAGGUGUAAAAAUAUGAAAUAACCUAUAGCUUAAAAGUUCUGAGAUUUCUUUCUCUGUGAAAAUAAAUAGCAUCAAACUAAGUAAGACUGGUUAUGCCUAUUUUAGGAAGCCAGACACAUGAAAAUAAAAAGGAUGUGGGGCUGCCUUCAGUAAGGCAGAGUAGCAUCCUUACUCCAUCGGUUCCCUGAAAUACGCAUAGAAAACAUGUGAGCCCUUUAUGUGCUACUAACCUAAUACUGAGUUCACAAACUGAGUUAAUGGCUACCUACUAAUGUGUUAACCCUCCCCUCCUUUUAAAAAUAGUGGGUGAACUGAUAUUUCAUUAAAAACUUGUUCCCUCUCUUCUCACACGUGAAAUGCUGAAAUAGAUGAUAUGAGAAUAUAUAAUAUAACUCAGAUUUGGAAUGUGAGUAUCAGAGGAGUUCUCAGGCCACCUCAAAAUUUGUCUAUAGGAAAGAAAGACAGGUUCUAUUUCUAGACUGUCUUGGUCUAAAUGGCCUUUGAAAAGUGGAGGUUUUUCUGUAUUUAAUUUGGUUCUGGAAUGGAUCUAUAAAAGUUCAGUUAUACACAUAAAACAGUAAUAAGAGGCUGCCACACAAUGAACCCCACACAUUGUACAACUAAAAUGCACUAAUAAAAAUUGUGAAAAAAAUUAAAAAGAGGCUACCACAUUCGGGAGUUGUCCUCAGGAAGCUCCCAUCUAGAAGCAAAAGGUCUAGUGCUGCCUAUCCCACCAUCAUGAUCCCACAACCUCCUGUGUUGUCUCUACCUGGGUAUUUCUACCACUGCUCUCUGUUCAUAUCAUACUGUUUGUAUGGCUGUGUCCUUUGAUGACAACAUACUCUUAUUUGGAUUCCUUGGCUCCUUUCAGACUUAAGAAAGGAGGUGAGCUGGGGAGGGGUUCUCUCACUCUUCACCUUAAACUUCCUCAAAUGAUAAUCUGCUUGUUCUCACUCCAGGUGGCUAUCCCUGCAUUAGUGAGGAGUAAAGACUGGAAGUAGUGCAGUUGGAUUGCUCUUCAAGGAAUUGUGUAUGUGUGUUACUAAGUCAUGAUGUAAAACCCGUUUCUUAUUUUAUAUUGCUGUCAGGAAAGCUUGAAAAUCACUGUUCCACAGCACAAGAUUGUUAGGUAAAAUUAAUAAUAACAAAAUAUAUGGCAAUCAUACAUGAAUAUAAAUACAUACGUAUUAUAGGGAGAGCACAUAUAUACCAAUACACAUAUAUAGUAAGUGUUUUAGCCUUGGCAACAUUUCCCUUUGAUACACACUGUUGAUACUUACUGUUUUUAUAGUACAAGUAGCAGCAUUUUAUAGUCACUGAUGUCCAGCCACAGUAUUCAGGAAUAGCACUAGGUGAUAUUAAGAUGGUGAUUAUUAUUAUUAUUAUUUUGACUUUUUGAGACAGAGUCUUGCUGUAUAGCCCGGGCUGGCCUCAAACUCAUGGUCCUUCUGCCUUAGCCUCCUGAGUGCUAGGAUUACAGACUUGUGCCACCCAAUCUAGUGUAAGAUUAACUUUUUAUGUAAACACUUAACUAAGUUUCUACUGUAUUUCAUUUAUUAGGUAUAGAGCUGUAAGAUGUAAUAUUUAAUAACAAAUAUUUGGUAGACAUUUGCAUGUUUUAUGUAUAUUUUAAGAAAUAAGUGGCUAGGUUUUCUUUUUUCCUGGAACACCAUCUUUCUUGUCAUAGUAAGUUUUGAUAAUAUGGCAUUCAGAAGGCUAUAUGUAGCAUAUUCCAUUAUGUGUCAAAAUUGUCAUCCAUUUUUUGAACUUGUAUGUAAUUUCCUGUCAUGUUUUUCUUGCCUCUCUGUGUCUUUGAACACAAACACUGUCCUCAAAGCUUAGGAAGUAGUGUUCAUUUCUAACUUUAUAAGAUGCAAGGUUCUUGGAAAAGAUAAAGCAAAUUCCUUUUCAUUCUUUCACUGUUCAGUCUUUUUGUUUCUCUUGAGCAUGCUUAAAAGUGUGGAAAUGGCCUUAAUUCAGUACUGGACCAUUUUUGAGAAUAAUGUGCUCUAGUCUUCAGGUGAGUAUUAAGUUAGGGUGAGGAGAGUGCUGGAGUAGAAGUCAGAUGGUCUGAACCUUUUUCCUAGCCUUAGUUUUGUGAUCUUAGCCAAGAAACUCAGUCUUUAAUUUCCUCAUCUGGAAGUUUGAUGAGUUGAACUUGAUAAUUUUUGUGGUCCAUUCUGUGGAUAUGUGUGAUAUGUAUCAAUAUAUAUUUGUGUGUUUGUAUGUGUGUAUGUGUAUAUUCCUCCUCUCUUUUAUUGUGCUGGAGAUGAUUGAACCCAGGACUUUGUAUAUGCUUAGGCAAGUGUUCCACUGCUGGGCUAUAUCCCUAGCCCCCUGUUUAAUUUUAAGCAAACCUAAAUAAUGUUAUUUGAGGUUUGUUUUGUACAGCAAACAUCAAAACUGGUCACAAAAGUAAAAUUGAGCACUGGCAUUGCAUUCUGCAGCUAUAUAAGACUUGAUAUAAGUUCUGUUUGCUUUCAGAUGUCAAAAUUGAAAAAAUGUUUGCAUCUUAAUUAUAAUAUAAUAUUAAUAAAGGUUACUCUUGGAUUAAAAAGUAAUUAUUUGUGAUGCAAAUAAGACACAUUUCCAUCAGGUAUUGGUCACAUAACAUGCUUUUCUUAUUCUGUUUGGCUCCAUCUGUUUCACAGGUGUCUUUGUCCUUUGAAGAUUGUUUUAUCCACAUAUUUAGACAACUGCUUUAUAUAAUAGAUUUUUUGAGAUUCAAACUAAUGCAUUUAUAUAGCACCUUCUGAUGUAAGAAUGUAUUAUAUAUACUAAAUGCAAUAAGGAGAUAUAGAGAAAAGUAAGGUAUAACCAAUAAUAAGUGUAAGAAAAAUACUGUAACUGUAAGUAGACAGAAUUAGGAAAACACCAUAAGGAGAUUAUACAAUAUUUAUGCAUGAAGAAAGUCAAAGAUGGGAAAGGCCAAACGUAGAGGAAAUCUGUGGAAAAGAUGGAAUUGCAUAUGGGUUUGGAAGAACGGGUAGCAUUUUGAAAGAUGUAGGGAAGCCAGGCUUGUACAGAAAGCUACAGAAAUAAGGACACUACAAAUUACAUGGCUUGUUUGGGAAGGAGCAGAUAAACAUGCUUUUGUGAGGCAUUUGGGGAAUGGUAAACCCUGUUUCAUAUUGUGGAGACCUUGAACACUCAGUGUUGAGAAAUUUUAUGUUACAAUACUGGGGAUUGAUCUCCGGGCCUCAUGUUUGCUAGGCACGCACUCUACCCCUUGAGCCAUACUGCUGAUCCUUUUGCAUUUUAGUUUGUCUGUUUUGUUAGUUUGGUUUACGAUAAUAGAGACUGAAUUCAGGGCUUCUUUAAUUUGUUUUUGUGCUUUUGCCCAAGCCAACCUGAGUAGCUAGAAUUACAGGUGUGAAAUACCAUGCCUGGCCCAGGAAAUUCUUAAUCAUUGUGCUGGGUAGGCAUCCCUGCCCUUAUUGUUCAGUUUGUGAUGAUAAUUUUGAUGAAUAUUAUGAAAAGGGGAGCACUGAGCUCUUUGGGAAUACAGCAGGGGCCCAUUGAAGGGGUCAGUGAAAACUUCCUUCCUUUAUGUAAUAAUGCUUAAGAUAAGACCUGAAGGUAAAAGUCAAAUAGGAAAAAUGGGAAAGAGAGAGUGAGAGAAAAUGUGUGUGUGUGUGUGUGUGUGUGUGUGUGUGUGUGUGUGUGUGUGUUGGGAGGGGAGGUAUUAAGAGUCUUCUACCUAAAAGGAAGUCAUUUUCAAAACUAGAGGCUGUGUUAGAGUUUGAACUCAGGGCUUGUGCUUGCUAGGCAGAUGAUUUACAUUUGAGACACACCUCCAGCCCCUAUGUUUUGCAGAAUUGAAAACCCUUAUGGAUGUUGCAGAGAGCACUGGGGAACAUGGUUUUCAAGCAUGAUGGAGAGGAAUUACCUGAAAAGUCUGGAAUUAAGUGAUCUACAACGUGAUCCACCUGCUCACUGUUCAGCUGGACCUGUGGGAGAUGACUGUAAGCUUUGCUGUAUUAUGAGGAUUUUGCUGCCAUUGAAAAUACAGGUUAUAACAUUUGUAAAUGACUCCAAAACUCCUUUGUUUGUUUCAGUGUUCCACUGGCAAGCAACUAUUAUGGGACCUCCUGAUAGCGCAUAUCAAGGUGGAGUCUUCUUUCUCACUGUACAUUUUCCGACAGACUAUCCUUUUAAACCACCAAAGAUUGCUUUCACUACAAAAAUUUACCAUCCAAAUAUAAACAGUAAUGGAAGUAUUUGUCUUGACAUCCUGAGGUCUCAGUGGUCACCAGCCUUGACUGUAUCAAAAGUUUUAUUGUCCAUAUGUUCUCUACUUUGUGAUCCUAACCCAGAUGACCCCUUAGUACCAGAUAUUGCACAAAUCUAUAAAUCAGACAAAGAAAAAUACAACAGACACGCAAGAGAAUGGACUCAGAAAUAUGCAAUGUAAAAUCAAAAAAACUUUCACAUAUACCAGAGUACUGUAAUCUAGGUUUUUUUCAACAUUAGCAGUAAAUUGAGCACUGUUUACUGUUUCAUUGUACCAUGAAACCCUUUGAUUUUAUCCAUUUUAAAUGUGUUUCUGAAGCAAGACAAAACAAACUUCCAAAAAUACCUUAAGACUGUGAUGAGAGCAUUUAUCAUUUUGUAUGCAUUGAGAAAGACAUUUAUUAUGGUUUUUAAGAUACUUGGACAUCUGCAUCUUCAGCUUACAAGAUCUACAAUGCAGCUGAAAAGCAACCAAAUUAUUUUUUGCUGAAACUAGAUGUUUUUACAUAAGAAAUACUGUAUGUGUUGUCUAAGAUGUUGUCACUUUUAUAAAUCUGUAUUCAGAUUUCAUUAUUUGUUAGCUCACUUUAUAAUUUGUAUUUUUUUACUGUAUAGACUAAAUAUAUUCUAUUUACAUGUAUGUCAACUCAUUACUUUUUUCCUGUGAACAGUAUUGAAAGAUCCAACAGCUGAAAAUUAGAUGGAUUAAUUGUACUUCCCUUGUAUUAGGAUAUUACUUAGAUUGAUCGCAGAUUUCUUAAACCUGAAAUGAUCUUUACACUGUAAUCCUCAGUAUACUGAUUAUGGAGAAACACUUGUUUUGAUUUUGUUAUACUUGACUUAACUUUAUUGCAAUGUGAAUUAAUUGCACUGCUCGGUAGGAAGAUGUGUAACUUUUCUUUGUUGCUAUUCACAUUUGAAUUAUUUUCUGUAUAGGCGAUAUUACAUUGACACCUUUUACAGAUCUUACUGUAGCUUUUUCCAUAUAAAUAAACUGCUUUUUCUACUAUUUGUCUUGAUUACUUAAAAAGCAAAAAUUGCUUGUCUUUAAGGGUCAAAACAUACAAAAUUUUGCAUGAAAAUUACUUCCAGAUUAUGAAAAUGAGGUCUGUUAUUUUGCAUUUUAAAUCAUCAUUUGUUACAUAUAAAUUUUGUUGUUUUAGUUAGCAUCUCUUUUUCUAAAUUUUGUGUAAGAUGAUUUGCCUUGGUUGCUUGUUAUUGAUUAGAAUUUAGAAGAAGUUAGGGUUUGUCUUGGAUCAUGUCAAAGAUGGACUAUUUGCAAAAGUACCAAAUGAGUGUAAAGCAGUGUCACCUACCCUAGAGAAAAGUCUGUAGAUCUGAGAGUCACUAGAUUAGCUCAUUAAAAAUUCCCCUCUAGAUGUAACUAACAUUAUAUUUCUGAACAUCUUAAAAUCUAGAAUUUCUAAAAUAGAAUUUCACUGUUAUCACAAUUUGAAAAACCUCCACUUUUUUUUAGUAUAGAAGUUACCAGAAAUAUUCUAAAAUGAUGCUUCCUUCUGUUCUUAAGUUGACAGCUAAAUUUGAUAUAAAAAGCAGGUUAUUAUCUAGAUUUUAAAGAAAAAAGAAAGUUCUAAUGUUUCAACUUGGGGAAAAUGCAUCUCAUUAAUGUUUAGCAUGCAUAUCAAACUUGAGUGUGUCAUUUUUAUGAAGACUUGUAGCUCUUCUGAUUACUACAGUAGUUGUAUAGGUGUUUAAGAACCAGUGAUGGUGUAGUCAUUAACAAAACAUUUAAGUCACUUGAUUAUUUUAUUAUGACUCAUUUUACUAUUAAAGCACAAAUAGCUUGUUAGAAAAUGUGUCUUUAUGAGUGAAUGUAAAAUAGUUAAAUGAGCUGUGAAGUGGAUUUUUGAGAAAAUACAGGCUUUAAGAAGUGAUAUAAGUGAUGUCUUGAAACAACCAUAUGCCAUAUCAUGAAAACACUACUACCUAUGAUAUAAUAAGUUACACUUGCUCUGAAUUGGUAACUCAACAUCAUUAGAUUUUAAGUGUUUAGUAUGUUUUGAGAGUAAAGGGUUUUGUUUCUCGAAUAUCACUUUUUUUAAAACUUUCACUUGUAUGGCAUUUAUUUUUGGAAGUGUCUUUUUUUGUUUAUUAAAGUUUUUGAAAGUUGCCUAAUUUGUUUUCCUUUGCCUACAUGUGAGUUGUAUAACUAGACUUCUAAAGAGUGAGCCCAAGUUCUCUUAAUAACUUCAAAGAUGGCAUGACGAUCAUAGAUCACCAUAUUGGGUAUGUCAUUUUUCUUUAAUGCUAACAAAAACAUCCAUUACAUUUUAAGAUUGUAAAUCCAAAGCCAAGAGAAUUUUCAUAAAUUAAGCAUUAAUUUAAGGACCUCCUUGGACUGUUGAAAAUGGGUAGUCUUAGGGUUUAGGGCUCAUGAGGUCGUGUAUGUUUCCAGACAUAGCUGAAAACCAUAUUCACAUUUGAUUCUGGGUAUUUCUAAAGGCCACAUACAAUAAAUCAGUGAUAGAAGUUGCAAGGGUAAUCUCACCACAAUCCCCCAACUGUCUCAAAAGGAUUUGAUUCCUGAAGCUUUAUAAACAUGCCUGUGUAAACUAUACAUAAUUAUUCAUUAUAUCCCCUAAACUGAUAGGGGAAACUAAAAUUUUACUUUGGUUGUGAAUCAACUACAUACUAAAAGGAUCAAAAGAUACUACACAAAUCCCAGGUCCUCGGGAGGCAGUGACAGGAGGAGCAUCAUGGUUUGGGGAGGAGAGGCAAAGAUAGUCAAAACCUUGUCUAAAAAACAAACUAAAAGCAAAAGAACUGGGGGCAUGGCUCAAGUGGUAAAGCACUUGCCUAGUAAGCAUGGGCACUGAAUUCAAUCACCAGGACUGUGGAAUUGGGAGAACUAGAUCAUGAGCACAGAACACAAGAACAACAGAGUUAUUCUUCAAAAGAGUUACUUUUUAAAGAAAUAGUAUUGAACAAUAAUACGACACUGAGUCUAACACUUCAGCAGGGGAUGGAAUUUAGGGCCUCCCCCUGGCAAGUACUAUAUACUGAGCUAUACCCUUGGCCCCAGUUCUUUAUUUUCUAAGAUGUAGAGGUUAGGAAUAUUAAUUUUCCUCUUGGAUUAAAAGAGAUUCUUGGUUAUGAAGCUAUUUAUAUCAUGUCUUAUUUAUUGGUAGUCAGUUUGGACUCAAAGUCCAGUCCAUUAGUUUUAAAAUUUUGAGCAGUAGAAUCCUCAGUCCUGUUAUUCAUUCUUUUUAGGACCAGUCAUGAAAAAAUGAACAUACAUACAGAGCUUCAGUAUAUUCUUAUUGCUGACAAUACUGCUUGUCUUUUAGUUUGUGUAAAUCUUCCAAGUGGUUGUUAAUAUAAAACAUCAAUUUUUAAAGAUUCAGUUCUAUCACUGUCAAUUGUAACAGAAUUUUCAGUUUUUUUCUUUAAAGAAUAUUACUAACAAUUUAAUAAUU